GGGGUGGGGAAGAGACGAGGGUACGCAUCAAUUUGUACAGUCUUCAGUUGGCACCCCUGUUUUUCCCUGCAACGAGUGGAAAGACAUUUCUUUUCCUUCUUCCCCUGCGUUAUUGUUAUGAGCGGAUCCCGCUGCAACAUGAGGCAGCAGCGGCGGCAGCAGCAGCAGCAGCAGGCUGUGUUGUUGACAGACGCCCGGGCUGCGAGGUGUGCGUGUCAGCGUGCAGCAGCAUAAAGCCACACAACAGAGGGAGAGAAAGGAGAAGAGGGAGAGAGGGAGUGGGAGCACGCAUCGCUGGAUAAUAUAGGUUUUGGUAGCUCUCGUGGUGUUAACAAACAAUCCAGUCAUUAAGCAACAGGAACCAGUUCAGUCCCUGCAAUGGCUUGUGUUGUAAAAUGGAUGUUAUAAAGAAGAAAAUAUGAAAACAAGGACACACAAAGAAUCGAUGCCCAUGCGCAGUGGGCGGCGACGGGGGGCAAGUGAGGAGAGAAGGGGUAGACGCCCGCACCCCAGUCCCACUCGCCCUGAACGCAAUGAUCGUCAGACGCAAAGAGGUGCUGUUGAGGAAUUGGCUGGAAAUCGCUUCAGUCGCAGAUCACAAGGGCAUGAUUCAUCAGAGAGUGAGGGGGAGGAACUUGUGUCUCCUCCAAAGAGGCAGAAAGUUCAGGAUUCAGUCUCUACUCCCUCAAACCCUCCAGCGUCAGCACACUCGACUGACAACUCGGCUCCUUCUACUGUCCCGCCUCCAACCUCGGUUGCCAGCCAGUCCCGUGAGAGUGACAAUGAAGAUGGCCAAUCCCAGGGCAGCAGGAGUUCAGUAGUAGGGAGCCUGGCAAACAGCAGCAGCAGUCUGAGCAGUGGGAGGGAUAUAGACCAAGACAAUCGUUCCUCGUCCCCAAGUCUCUCUGCUUCCCCUCUCGGUAGCCUUGACUCUGAUUCCGACGGCCCAGACUCACCAAAGCAAGGAGAGAGAGAACGCGAGAAAGGCAAGGAAGGAGGUGCAGGGAAGGUGGGCGCAGAGGAGAGGAGAGCGCUACGAGAGGGGAGAGGGGAGGAUUCCUGUGGUGAUGGAGAAAAGAGAGAUCUGGAUGCAAGAAUUGAAGACUGUCCCUCUCUUAAGUCCCCCUCUACUCCAUGUUCUUCCUCUGGUCUCACUCCCUCCCUUCGUGGAGCAGGGGAUUCAUCAAAUGACAGCAAUAGUGGGAGAAAGUCCUAUUUCUCCCUGGACUCCAAAUUGAUGUGUAAAGUUGAAUAUGGCGGAGCAGUGGGCGUCGAUGGUGGUCUUAGUGGCAACCGACUGAAUUCCAAAGCCAGCACACAGUGUGUGACCAAGACAAGUAUCUCGGGAGGAGAUUUCUCCCAUAAUAGCCCCAACAUUCCACACUCCUUGCCCCCUCCUCUGCCACCUCCACCUGCUCUGAAGCCCUUAGAGCUUGGGGGACAAAACCUGUCUGCUGAGGUUAAGAUAGAAAAAUCAGACAAACUCUUGGACAAGGCUCAGUCCACUCCUCCUUCACUACUACCACAGACGGGCCCUCAGCCACAGUCCCAGCAUCAGACCCAGACCUCCACCAACCCUCACCACUAUAGUUCCACCGGCUGGCAGGGUGGCACAACAACUGGUUGCCAGGGGAACUGGGGCUACACCCGUUACCCUGGCAACCACCACCCACACCAACCACACCACCAGCCCCCAGUGCAGCAGCAGCAACUUCCCUCUGUUUACAAUCCUCCAUCCUCUCGCCACUCCUCCUCCCAUCCCUCUUACCUCCCCCAUCCUCAUCCUCACCCUCACAGGGAGUACCUUCCCAGGUACACUGGAGGGGGAGGGGACAGAGAGAGGGGGACUGCAGGAGAGAGGGAGAGGGGAGUGAGGGGGGAGUGUGGGGGGAGGGAGAUGAACAGGGAGUUCUCUGCUCCCAUUGGCAACAACAGCAACAACAGCAGUGGGGGUAACAGUAAUAGUGCUUGUGGUGGAGUGGGUGGGCCCAACAACAUCCAAGGAAGAGAGUUUGGGGGUGUGUCAGUGGGUCAGACCCGGGAGUUCCAAAGUUCUGGGAGAGAAGGACCUAACUUAGGUCCUGAAAGAAGAGACUUUGGUCCAGCUUUCAGAGACAGGGAGAGAGAACGGGAAGGAGGAAGAGAGUUUCCUCUUCCUAACCAAAAUCAGAAUAGAGACUUUGGCCCCAAUGGAGCUGGAGGGGGGCAUCCCAGAGACAAAGAUGGGGGUAGAUGGGCUGAGUUUGGGAGUCAGACAAGAGAAGUUGUAGGCAGUAGUAACCCAAACAACAGCUCCAUCUCUCAAGGAAAUCCUCCAAGUUCAACUAGCGGGCUACCUGUCGCGCCCAUGCUAAAUCGAGACCCACCUGCCUCACCCCAAAACAACCCCAGCCACCCCUCUCAUUCCUCUUUGCCUCUACAUCCUCACCCACAUCCCCAAAACUCAUCCAACCGAGAUUUCCCCUCUCCAAUUGAUCAGGCUCAAACCCCUUCUUCUGGACCUGAGCACUUUCACAGAGAGUACACUCCCACUGGAGGAAAAGAAUUUUCCGCUGGAGCACCUGCUUCUGCUGGCACAAAUAGAGAGUACCUUAGCUCCCCUGGGGUGACUCCAAACCUAGGGCGAGAGUAUUCAGGGCCUGGUGGAACCCAACACCCACAUACACCUCACCCCCACUACCAGUCUGGAUCUAGAGAUAGAGAAAGGGACUCAAACCUCCGAGAGUCUGCUUUGUACCAAAGUCGUGGAGGUCCAAACCAACCUCCUGCACUUUCUCCUUCCUCCUCUUCCAGCCAUCAUGUACACCCUCCAAAUGCCCCUUAUCCCCCACCACCGCCACCUCAGCCGACUCUAGUCCCACCUCAAACCUCUCAUGCCCAGCCUCCCCCAUCAGCUAUGGCACCCAGUGUACGUCCCCAACACUACCAGUCCUCCAACCAGACUCCUCCAACAUCUCAUUCUCCCUUACCCAGCCCAUCCACCAAUCAGAUGGGAGGCUUCUCAUCUUUUCCUCCUGGCUCCUCCUCUGCGCCUAACAUGCCAGUUGUGUCAUCCAGCUGUUCACCUGGAUGUCGCCCCUCCCCUUUCCAUGGCACUUUGAACAGCCACCCUCCAUUCAGUGGAACAUACCACUCUAAUGGCAACAGUGGCAAUAACAUGGCCAACAGCAAUAGCAACAUUGGUGUAGCGAGUAGCGGCAGUACCCAGUCACAGACACUCUCCCCUCAAAAUGCAUUAAAAGGACCUCCACCUCUUAGUAACUCUGCCAACAACAACAGUGUCUCGACCUCUGCCUCCAGUUCUUCACUCUCCGGUGGAGAUGGACAGUCAGAUUCAGUCCUGCCUUCCACACCUGUCAUCAAGGAAGAACCAAUUGAAGAGAGGGAAGAGAGUGAAAGCCCGCCACCAAUGUUAAGAAGCCCAUCUCCUGAACCCAAACCUGUCGACAUUCCUAUCCAUGCCAGUCAGUCAGCACGGUUUCACAAGGUCCUUGACCGUGGAAGUGGGAACUCCUGUGCUCGCAGUGAUGUCCUCUUUGUCCCGUUGGAUGGCUCCAAACUGUGGAAGAAGAGGAACGAGAUGAUCGAAAGGGCCCGGAGGGAGGUCGAACAACGGGCUAGAGACCUCAGAGAAAAGGAGAGGGAAAGAGAAAGGGAACGUGAGCGUGAGAGGGAACUGGACAGGCAUCUACAGCAACAGAAGGAUGUCAACGCCGCUGGAGGAGUUCGCCAGGGUUCCUCGCUCUUCUUUCCCUCCUCGUCCUCUAUCAUCUUAGACCCUUCCUCUUCCUCCUCAGGCAACCCUGUCUCCCACCCUCCUCCUCAUCCCCAGCAUCAUCAUUCACAUCCACAUCCACAUGCUCACCUUUCUCCAGCGCACCAUCUUCACCCCAGCCUUUCUCACUCAAUCCCCCACUCUAUCCUAUUGCCUUCCAUGGGUGGGGCUCCAGCUGUUGUUGGAGGUCCACAGGGAGCCCUUGGAAUAGGCUUAGGAGGUCCAUACCUGGGCCCCGACACGCCAGCACUGAGAACCCUGAGCGAGUACGCCCGCCCUCAUGCUAUGUCUCCUCUCGGAGCAGCAAGUCGAGCCCAGGCUCACCACCAACAAAUUCAUCAUGGUCAUCCCCAUGUCCACCCAUCAUUCUUCCUUCCUCAGUUCCAAAAUCAUGCCUUAGGCCACCCACACCACCUCCCCACUGAUGCAGCAACAGCUGCAGCCAUCUUGGGCUUUUUGUAUGGUGGCAGUCUUGAAGGUGGUCCAGGCAUUGGUGGCCACCCAGGCAUGGCAGGAGGUCCAAUUCCUGGAGGGAUUGGGGCUGCAGGAUUAGGAGGAGUUGGUUUCCCUCAUGCAGUAGCUGCGCAUCGAGAUCGAAUGAAGCCAGGAUUUGAAUUUAAGAGUGAUGAGCGGGUUUACCCACCAGUUACCAUGGCUGAUUCUGCAGCUCUUGCUCUUGCUCACUCACAUUCACAUGCACAUGCCCAUGCCCAUGCCCAUGCUCAUGCUCAUGCUCAUGCUCAUGCCCAUGCGCAUGCUCAUGCCCAUGCCCAUGCUCAUGCCCAUGCUAAUGCCAAUGCCCAUGCCCAUGUGCAUGCACAUGCACAUGCACACUCUCUGCUCCUUGGAGGAGGUUCAGGAGGCUCUAAUGAGGUGUCACUCUAUGGUACUCCACCUCCCCCAGCUCCCCCUGGCCCUCCACACCUGCAGAACCCAUCCCUGGCCCCAGUAACGCGACCCCCCAACCCUCCAGCCCCCCAGUCUCUGUCCAAUCCACCCCCUUCAUCUCUCCUCCCACCAUCACUCCCCUCUCACCCAUCAUCUGCACCGCCCACUGCCCCCACAGCCCCAGCAGCUCCUACCGCUCCUCCUACAGCUCCUCCUCCACCCGCUCCACCAACCUCCAAUGCCGCCUCACUUCAUCAUCCAGUCCCUCAUUCUUCUUUUCCCAGCUCCCUCUCCUCUCAUCUGCCACCAGCGUCUGCUCCAGCCGAUCCCCCCGAAGCCUACCCCACUCCCACCCGCUCACCUGCCUCUUAUGAGCGAGAUAGGAGCGGGGAAAGAGAGCGGGAGCGGGAAAGGGAGCGAGACAGAGCAGCUUUGCCACCCUUUGGAGACAGAGACAGGGAGAGGGAGAGGGAGAGAGAAAGGGCAGGAAGUGGUGGAGGAGGAGCAGGAGGAGGAGGGGGAAGUGGAGGAGGCUCUGGUGGAGGAAGUGGAGGAGAAAAUCUGGGACGUCUUCAGAUGCUAAAUGUGACACCUCAUCAUCACCAGCAUUCACACAUCCACUCACAUCUUCACCUACACCAGCAAGACACAGCGGCGGGCGGGGUUCACCCCCUGAUGGACCCGUUGACGUCGGGGUCUCCUUUGACACGCCUCCCAUACCCAGGAGCCACACUCGGCACCCCCAUCCUGGCUCACCCCCUCACUGACAGCGAGGUGCUUCGCCAACAGCUGUUCGGUGAGGAGAAGGCUCCUCGUCCAUGUGCUCCUUUCCGUGACUUGCCCCAGCCGUCCUCCCUCACUGGUCCCAUGUCAGCAGCCCACCAGCUCCAGGCCAUGCAGCAGGCCCAGAGUGCAGAGCUGCAGAUCCAGAGACUGGCCCUGGAACAACAGUGGAUCCAUCACCACCACCACCACUCCCUCACCCAGGACGAGUAUUACAGUCACCUGAAGAAAGAGAGUGACAAGACCCUGUGAGGGAGGGGCACAACAAGGAGCAGCAUGGAGACAAACUGAGGGAACGCGCGUGUGUGGGUGUGCGCACGCGCGCGUGGGUGUGUGUGUGUGUGCGCAAAAUGAAAUGAAUAAAGCAAAGCAAAAGCACUGGACUCAAUAAAGGAAUAAAGACUGGACCAAAGGACAGGGAACUCAACGCUCUAGAAAAAGAAGAAGAAGAUUUGUGAAGGAUUAACAAAAGAAGGACGAGCAGAGAGUUAGAAAUGUGCACCUUCAUGAAGAUCCAGCCUCCAGUGCUUCCCUGCGUAAUGUUCUCGAACUCCAGUUCUGUUUUGUAUUGUGCUCCGUACAGUAUAUUAGAUGGGGGGCAGCUAUAGUGAAGUACAGUCUGUGUAAAAUACUUUUGCCAGAAAGAAUGUGUACAUGAGUCUCUUUUAUGUUAUUGCAUGUAGCUAUAGGCGCUUAUUCUGAACUGGUGGAACUUUUAUGUUCUAUUUUUAGUAAUUACCGCCUCUUUUGUAUUCGAGGUGUGUUCUAUAUGCAUGAGACCAGCAAUUUUAGUGUUAUGUUUCGUUUAUGAUGAGUAUUGUUAUUAUUAUGAUUAAUGUUGUCUGUUUGUUGAUAAUGAUAUAAUUAUAUAUAUACAGUACAUAUUAUUUGUAUUAUUUUUUUACAUUUUCAUGGUAUGGCAGGCAGUUUUUAUUUUUAAUUUUUUUCUUAUUUUGAAUUUACCUUGUGAAACAAGAUGCAAAUGAAGGGGAAAAAAAAAAUCUGGAAAUAAAUUAUAAUCUUUUUUUCUA